AUGGCCCGCUCCGGCCUGCUCCGCCUUGCUCCGCCCCGGCUCCGCCCCGCCCCGACCUGCUCUGCCAGCCCCGCCCUGCUCCGCCUCGCCCCGCCAUGGCCCGCUCCGGCCUGCUCCGCCUUGCUCCGCCCGGCUCCGCCCCGCCCCGACCUGCUCUGCCCGCCUCGCCUCUGCUCCGCCUCGCCCCGCCAUGGCCCGCUCCGGCCUUGCUCCGCCCGGCUCCGCCCCGCCUCGACUCUGCUCGCCCGCCCCGCCUCGCUCCGCCUCUGCCCCGCCAUGGCCCGCUCGGCCUUGCUCGCCCGGCUCCGCCCCGCCCCGACCUGCUCUGGCCCGCCCCGCCCUGUCCCGCCCCGGCCUGCUCCGCCCCUGUCCUGUCCCGCCCCGCCCUGCUCCGCCCUACUCCAGAACAUCGAUAGCCGGUGA